CUCCACCAGCCCUAGCUCUUUUCACAAAUCAGACAGUUCUCUCUUCUUUCCAGUUUUCUCUUCUUCCAAGAACCUUCUCUCUUCUUUUCUCUCUCUAGAAAGACUCUUUCCAUGGAUGAUUUCCUCAAGACGAUCAUCCAACGCCAGAACCCCCUCUUCUUCCUCGGACCCAUGAAACCACAGCCACAAAUCCCACCCUUUCUCUCUCUAGUUUCUUGCUAACGAAGCAUACCCCUCCCUGCAAAACAGAAAUAUAACAAGCCCCAGAAAGGAAAACAAGAAAAGGGAAAGAAACCCAACUCAGUCGUCCACUCAUGAAGCCGAAUCAACCCCCUACCGCCGCCGCCUCCCCCUCAGCCGCCAAUAACCGGAUUCGGCCUCGACGGCGGCCCGACCUCACGCUUCCUCUCCCGCAGCGGGAUCCUUCCCUUGCCGUGCCGCUUCCUCUUCCGCCGACGUCGGCUCAGUCUUCGUCCUCCGGAGGGGCGGCGGCGGCGGCGACGCCUGCGUUCUCGGAGCUGGAGAGAAUCAACAGAAUCGGAAGCGGCAGCGGCGGCACCGUGUACAAGGUCCUCCACAGGCCGACGGGGAGGUUGUACGCCUUGAAGGUGAUCUACGGAAACCACGACGACGACGUGCUCCGCCAGAUCUGUCGAGAAAUCGAGAUCCUCAGAGAUGUGGAUAACCCCAACGUGGUGAAGUGCCACGACAUGUACGACCACGCCGGCGAAAUCCAGGUGUUGCUGGAGCACAUGGACGGUGGAUCUCUUGAGGGGACUCACAUCGCCGACGAGCUCUCUCUCUCCGAUCUCGCGUUUCAGAUCCUCUCCGGCCUCCACUACCUCCAUCGCCGGAAAAUCGUACACCGCGACAUCAAACCUUCGAACCUCCUAAUCAACGCCAGGCGACAAGUGAAGAUCGCUGACUUCGGUGUGAGCCGGAUCUUGGCUCAGACCAUGGAUCCGUGUAACUCAUCGGUGGGAACGAUCGCGUACAUGAGUCCGGAGCGGAUCAACACCGAUCUCAACCACGGCAGGUACGACGGCUACGCCGGCGACAUCUGGAGCCUCGGUGUGAGCAUCUUGGAGUUUUAUUUAGGGCGUUUCCCGUUUGCUGUCGGCCGGCAAGGGGAUUGGGCGAGUUUGAUGUGCGCAAUCUGUAUGUCGCAGCCGCCGGAGGCGCCAGCCACUGCAUCAAGGGAGUUUAGGGACUUCAUAUCACGGUGUCUGCAGAGGGAGCCGGCGGUCCGGUGGUCGGCGGAAAAACUUCUCCGGCACCCCUUUGUGCUUCAGAGUCAGAGAAGAAGAGGACAGAGUCAAAGCCAGGUUCAUCAUCCUCCCCAGCUUCUUCCUCCUCCACGCCUGCAUUCCUCGACGUCUUGAUUUUUUUUUUUUUCUCACUUUUUGGAAAUGGAAAUUUGAAUUUUAUGUGUAGUUGUCAUAUGGGGUUUUGAUUUUUAGGAAGGAGAGUUGGGAAAUUUAGGUCUGUUUCUGAAUUCAAACCAAUCAAACAAUCAAGGAAUCAAUCAAUCAAUGUUGUCUUUCGACAGUCUUUUACCAGGAAAAGCAAAGGAAAAUAGUGUAUUCCCUCUAUAUUUUCUCCUCAUUUAAUUGAUUUCCCUUAUCCCCCCCACAUUUUGGCAAUGGAAAUUGUACUUUCUUUUUCAUUUU